CAAUCAAAAAAACAGCAGGCGUAACGCUACGGAAAUACACAAUCAAACCGGAGUAAACCUACGUGACUACACAAUCAAACCGGGGUGAACUUUUCUGAAGAGCAUAACCGGGUUUAUAUAUAAUACACACACACAAGAGUCAGAGAGAGGCUUGGGUUACAAGGAACGUAGCCAGAGCAGUUUCAGUUUCAGUUCUCCAUCUCUCCCUCUCUCUCUCUCUCUCUCUCUCUUUCUCCGAUUAGGGCUUUGCUACUUCUUCAACACUACAACUCUGUGAGCGAGUGCGUCGGUGUUCUUUCUUCUUUCGAUAGUCAUGGUUGCUGAUUCCAUCACCGACGAUUCUCAACUCUCUCAUGGCUCUCCCAUCACGAGAGAUGUCUUCAAGAAACGAAAGGCGAAUAUGUUAAGGAAGCUGAAACAUGAGUGCAAGGUUGAUGGUGCUCGCCGUCAACAACGGACUGUUGAAGACGGCGAUGAGACUGUUGUUCUCUUUGACAACUCUACCGAUGAUGAUUACAGCGACGCCUUAAGCAUGUUCAACGAAGAAGAAGAUCCAAGCGAGUCUACUUCUACAACUGAAAAGCCCGAACCUCCUUCACCAGAAGAAAAGGGUACUGAUGAGAAGAAAGAAGGUGAUGAUUGUCCCGUUUGCGCUGAAAAGAUGGAUGCAACGGAUCUACUCUUCGAACAAUGUUCUUCUUGCGAGUAUAAGAUGUGUCUCUUCUGCUAUAACAAUAUCAAUGAAAGCACCCGAGUUUGCCCAGGUUGCAGGAAGAAGUAUGAGAAACAGACAAGUGGUAACAGCGGAGAAGUGAGUUUCCAGCGACGUGGUGGUGACCCAAUCCCUUUGUCUUCAUCGUUUCAAGCACUUAAUGAUAGUGCUUAAAAGAUCGAGAGAGAAAGAAGAUUAUGGAGAAACGAGUUUCAUGAAACGUCAAUAGGUUUUUCUCUUUUCUUUUUGUUUGUUGCCUUAAGUGUGUCUCAGUUUCACCAGGAACAAUAGCUUUGUGGGUUUUUGUUUAGGUUGUCAUCUCGGAAAAUAUCAUUCCAUUACAUACGCUGUGAAUCAUGUACAUAGAAAUAAAACCAUGUUACAGUGUUCUCUAUUAUUCAAUUCAGGAAAUGGUUGUAUGGAUAUAACAAAAACAGAGGAAAUGAUUGGUUCUUAAAUGAAGUUGUGAGCAAUGAGUUAUGUAUUUGGCUUUGUGUGUUGUUACUUGUUACUGACCUGUUGUGACUUUGAUGGUACUUUCCAGAAGCUUGUAGACAUUAUCUGCACUGGAUUCUUCAAAUUGGUUGAGAAGGGAAGGGUGGAUGCUUAAGUAUUAUGAUUAGAAUGGAUCAGAACACUGUCUUUGAAACUGCCAAACUAAACAAGUGUUUUAUUAUCUAUCAUAAGCCAAAACUUCAGUGCCUUUUACAGUAGCUGUGACCGAGUAUAGGUGAUGGUACUAUCUGAUACAAAGUUGGAAAGUUCUUGAUGUAAAUUAUAAAUGUGAAUGAGUUCACCAGUAAACA